AUGGCAGGGUGUGUUAAUGAUUCUCUCCAAAUCAAUAAUGUUCUUGUGGAUCAUUUUUCUAAUCUUUGGAAUAAUCCUGAGAUCCAGUCCCUUGAGUGGUACCUGGAUGCCUUGCCUUCUAAUUUACCCACUCUUAACAAUGAUCAGCAAGCCUUUCUUUCUAGGCAUGUCUCCAAAGAUGAGAUUUAUAAGACUUUGCUUGCUCUUUCGGAAGGAAAAUCUCCUGGUCCUGAUGGUUUCAAUGUUGAAUUCUAUAAAAUUUUUUGGAAUGAUAUUGAAGCUUCUAGGAAAUCGGCUAGGAAUAUUAGUUUACGCCUAAAUAUCUAUGCUCACAUCUCUGGCCAAUUUCCUAACCAAACCAAAUCUGAAAUUUAUGUUCCGAGUUGGUUCAAUCAUCAGGUCUCCUCCAGAAUCAGUGGCAUCUUAAAUUUUAAAAUCGGUAAAACUCCUUUUACCUAUUUAGGGGUUCUUAUCUCCCCUAAGAAACUUGUUAUUGCCCAUUUCGAUUCUAUGAUUAACCGCAUCAAUAAAUCUAUUGUUGUGUGGCGUAAAGCUAAUCUUUCCAAAGCAGGCAAAUCUAUCCUCAUUAACAGUAUUCUGAUGGUUGUUCCUAUCUAUUAUUUGUCGGUUUAUCCUAUUCCGGAGACUGUUCUUUUUAAGUUUUCCAAACUUGCUAGGAAAUUCUUGUGGGCUAAUCAUGAGCAAGAUAGUGGUAUGUCUGUGGUGAACUGGGACAUCAUUACCGCUAGUAAAUCUGAGGGGGGUUUAGGCAUUAGAAAUCUGAUCAAGGACUGCUCCGUCUAA